CACCUUACAAAGAAAUCAAAAUCCCACCAGAGUCCUCAACGUCUACAUCUCCGUACACCUUUCUUCCUAGAAGCCUAAUCUCUGCAAUGGCUUCCUCCACUCUCUCACCCGUCACACCUUCUCAGCUAUGUUCAAGCAAGAGUGGCAUGUACUGUCCAUCACAAUCAUUGUUUCUGAAGCCAAUGAUGAUGAGAAGUGGCAAGUUAGGAUGGGGGAAGGAUCAGAGGAUGAAAGUUUCUUGCAUGGCCACAAGUGUGCCUGCUGAUGAUAGAGUGCCCGAUAUGGGAAAGAGGGAGCUCAUGAACUUGCUUCUUUUGGGUGCAGUUUCACUUCCCACUGCUAUCAUGGUUGUACCUUACGCAGCUUUCUUUGUUCCACCCGGGUUAGGAGGGGGUACUGGUGGUACUGUGGCAAAAGAUGCUUUAGGAAAUGAUGUCCUCGCAGAUGUUUGGCUCAAAAACCAUGGGCCUGGUGACAGAACCCUUACACAAGGGUUGAAGGGUGAUCCUACUUACCUGGUUGUGGAGAAAGACAGGACACUGGCGACUUAUGGUAUCAAUGCUGUCUGUACCCACCUUGGUUGUGUGGUUCCAUGGAAUCCUGCUGAAAACAAGUUCAUCUGUCCAUGCCAUGGAUCUCAAUACAACAAUCAAGGAAUGGUUGUUAGAGGGCCUGCUCCUCUGUCCUUGGCCUUGGCUCAUGCUGAUAUCGACGAGGGGAAGGUAGUAUUUGUUCCAUGGGUUGAAACAGAUUUCAGAACCGGUGAAGACCCCUGGUGGGCUUGAAUUUUCCUCAGCUUCUCAGCGUUUUGCCUUGCUUUGUUAUUGCUCAUUUCUCUUCAAAUAGAUCAUAAUCUGUUGUAGAGUUUAUUAAAGGUCACACGUCAAUGAUAAGAAAUAGAUGUGCAAUAUGUAAAAUUGCAUAACAGCAUUGGCAAUCCAUCAACAGUUUCCAUGCGCUAUUGUUUAAUCAUGUAAUUGUAUCCAUCCUGUUCUUUCUUCUUCUUUAAUAUAUUCUCAACAAGGGAGGAAAAUCUGGUUUACUUUGGACCAA